AUGUCUGGAAGCCAGAAGAUCGCCAUCGUCUCCGUCUACGACAAGACCGGCCUCUUGGACCUGGCCAAGGGCCUCGCCCAGCAGAAUGUCCGCAUCCUCGCCUCGGGCGGCACCGCUCGCAUGAUUCGCGAGUCUGGCUUUCCCGUCGAGGAUGUCAGCGCCAUCACGAAGGCGCCCGAGAUGCUCGCCGGCCGCGUCAAGACGCUUCAUCCCGCCGUGCACGCCGGAAUCCUGGCGCGUGAUCUCGAGUCGGACGAGAAGGACCUCGCGGACCAGAACAUCAACAAGGUGGACUAUGUCAUCUGCAACCUGUACCCCUUCAAGGACACGGUGGCCAAGGUCAACGUCAGCAUCCCCGAGGCCGUCGAGGAGAUUGACAUUGGCGGCGUCACGCUCAUCCGCGCGGCGGCCAAGAACCACAAGCGCGUGACGAUCCUCAGCGACCCGACCGACUACGCCGGCUUCCUGAAGGAGCUCGAGCAGGGCGAGAUCACGGAGACGAGCCGCAACCGAUACGCCCUCAAGGCCUUUGAGCACACGGCCGACUACGACGCCGCCAUCUCGGAUUUCUUCCGCAAGGAAUACGCCGGCGCCGGCGACCAGUUCAUGGCCCUCCGCUACGGCGCGAACCCUCACCAGAAGCCCGCCGCCGCCUUCACGGCCUCGGGGAAGCUCCCCUUCAAGGUGCUCUGCGGCUCCCCCGGGUACAUCAACCUGCUCGACUCCCUCAACGCCUGGCCGCUCGUCAAGGAGCUCAAGGAGGCGCUCGGCAUGCCCGCCGCCGCGAGCUUCAAGCACGUCUCGCCCGCCGGCGCCGCCAUCGGCCUGCCCCUGACGGCCGAGGAGCGCAAGGUGUACUUUGUCAGCGACAUCGAGGGCAUCGAGACGUCCCCCCUGGCCCAGGCGUACGCCCGCGCCCGCGGCGCCGACCGCAUGAGCAGCUUCGGCGACAUCAUCGCCCUCAGCGACAUCGUCGACGUGCCCACGGCGAGCAUCAUCUCCAAGGAGGUGUCGGACGGCGUCAUCGCUCCCGGCUACGAGGAGGCGGCUCUCGAGAUUCUCAAGAAGAAGAAGGGCGGCAAGUACCUCGUCCUCCAGAUGGACGCCGACUACAAGCCGGCGCCGGCCGAGACGCGGACCGUGUACGGCGUCAGCCUCCAGCAGCACCGCAACGACGUGGAAAUCUCGCCCAAAUCCUUCGGCACCAUCAUCACGCCCAAGGACGCGGGGGCCCUGCCCGAGAGCGCCGCCCGCGACCUCACCGUCGCGACGAUCACGCUCAAGUACACGCAGAGCAACUCGGUCUGCUACGCCUACAACGGCCAGGUCAUCGGCCUCGGCGCCGGCCAGCAGUCCCGGAUCCACUGCACCCGUCUCGCCGGCGACAAGGCCGACAACUGGUGGAUGCGCUUCCACGAGCGCGUCCUCGGCAUCAAGUGGAAGAAGGGCACGAAGCGGCCCGACAAGAGCAACGCCAUCGACCUGCUCGUCAGCGGCCAGCUGCCCAAGGACGGCGCCGAGAGGGACGCUUUCGAGGCCGUCUUCGACGAGGUUCCUCCCGCCUUCACGGCCGCCGAGCGCGAGGCGUGGAUGAAGCAGCUGAAGAACGUCUGCGUAUCGAGCGAUGCCUUUUUCCCCUUCAUCGACAACGUCUUCCGUGCCGUCAAGUCGGGCGUCAAGUACAUUGCCGCUCCCAGCGGUAGCCAGAACGACGGCGCCGUCUUCGAGACGGCCGAGAAGCUCGGCAUGACGUUUGUGCAGCAGAACGUUCGCCUCUUCCACCACUAG